UUCUCUCUCCCUCCCCGGUUCCCCUCUUUGUUGUCCCUCUCCAUGGCUUUCUUAUCUUCUCCACUAGAAAAGAUUUUGUCGUGUUCUACAUUUACAGGAAAACCGGUAAAAUACAUAUAUUUUAAUAAACACAAAAGAAAUAGAAAGCAAAGAACGCCACUUUACUAAAAGGUCCCAAGACUGAACCUAAUAAUAAUAUUCUUAUCACACACAUAUCCUUUGAUUAACAAAAAAAGAAGUCCCUUUUCCCUUUUUGAUUGUUUUCUUUUUGCUUCCUCAAUCAUCAUGGAAACCCAUCUACAACAGGUGAAGAACAGUUCCCAAACUUUUCCUGAAAAGCAAAACCCUAAACAAGAAGCUUUACAGUCAUCACCUUCCCCCAUAUCAUCCACUUGUUCUUCUCCUUCUCAUGACUUCUCUUUCACCAUCUCCCUCCAACCUAACGACUUAUCUUCCUCCUCAAAACUCAUCUCUCCUAGUCUCAGAAACCCCACCAAAACGGCGCCCUCUCAUCAACAAACCGAUCCUUUCGCCGUUGACUUGUCUCCUGCCGAUGAAAUCUUCUUCCACGGCCAUCUUCUCCCUCUUCAUCUUCUCUCACAUCUCCCUGUCUCUCCUCGAACUUCCACCAGUUCGUAUAAUGAAGGAUUUGCUCUCCCCGUCAAAGAUGUAUCACCUGACCAACCCACCCCUCUCCCCACCACAAACAACAACAGCAUCAGUGUCGAGGCGAAGAACAACAACACAAGCAGUAAAGCAGAGAGCGUGGAAGGUGAGAAUCGAGUCAAACCGAAAACAGUGAAGUCAUUUUCUCUCUUUGGUAUGUCGAAAUGGACAAAAGGGUAUCAAGGGAACGAGCGAGAGCGAGAGCAAGAGCAGCAACAGCAGAAGAAGAACCUAAGUCACGCAGUCAAGAAGUACAUAAAGAUGUUGUUUCAGAAGAGAGGAAAGGGCACGGAGUUGAGGAACAGAAGACAGACUUCUUCUUAUUCAUUCUCUUCCUCUUUGAUAGGUUGGAAAGGAAACAACAAAAUGAUGACUAAUGGAUCGAGAGAUCUGAUGAGAGCGAGGAGAGGUGAUCUAUUCUCCGCUCCCGCUUCGAUGAGAACGUCUCCAACGAAUAGUGGCCACCUCCGUAUCUCCACGGCGGGGCUCUCUUCGAGCUCAGCAUCCACUUCAUCAUCGUCCAGUGAUAGCACCAUGGAAGAGUUGCAAGCAGCGAUUCAGGCGGCCAUUGCUCAUUGCAAGAACUCGAGCGCCGUUGAUCGAGAUGAUAAGGUUACGGAUUCUUGAUUUGGUUUUUACCUUUUGUCCUUAAUAUGUUGUUCUUUCUUGUCAGAAGGAAACAAAUGUUAAGUGUGCGACGUGGAAUUUAAAUGCAUUAUUUAUUUCGCGUUUAGAAAAUGAGUUACUUCGUAUACUCUGCCUCUCCAUAUUUCAUUUAAAAUUAAAUUAAUAAAACUUUCUUUGAAAGAGAUU